CUUGCACCUUUCACGGCUGCAAAUGAGGACGUAAUGUGGUAACGUGUGUGUGUGUGUGUGCGUGUGUGUGUGUGUGUGUGUGCAGUCUGGUGACGUUAACGGUGGUCAAGUGUUGGCACGCGAAGCCUCCAAGCGUUUUCAGGCCGCCAAGAGGUGAGCCAGUCCGUCCCAUUGACCCCGCCUCAUGGGUGUCUCACACGACUGCCAUGACAGGGAAGCUCCUCCCCCAUUACGGCGAAGAUGAGCAGCUGAACGUACACAGCGACAUGGCGGCCGUCGUCAUGGCAAUGAUCAAUCCGGAAUCGGGGGUGGAGGUUCGCGACAGGAUGUGGCUCAAGAUCAUCAUCCCGAACGCGUUCAUCGGUUCAGACGCGGUCCACUGGCUGCACCAGAACCUCCAAGGCUUCACGGACCGCCGUGAGGCUCGCAGGUACACCGCCAAGCUGCUAAAGCGCGGCUACAUCCGCCACGCCUUCAACAAGGUGACCUUCUCGGAGCAGCGCUACUACAUCCUUGGAGAUCUGGCCUUGACGGCGCUGCUGGACCAACACGAUGACGCCUACCUGUGGCCCCUCCCCCGGCCAGCUUUGGAAGGAAGCCACAGCAGCAACAAGGAGGCAGCCGACUAAACAGGAAGUUGGCGUGACAAAAGACCUCAAGGUCCUUUUUAUCCAAUCACAGCUCUCCACCUCCCGUCAGCCCUCACCCUCGACCACACAGACCAGUACGACCAAGAGGACCAGUGUGAUCGUUGAACUAAUGUUAAUGAAGCUGCUAUGAUGUCACUCAACCACUAGCACUUUGUCCUAAUGAAUCCUUGUCACAUGACUGUUGUCUUCUAUGUUUGAAUAUGUUAUUGAUGCAUCCACCUUUGCUUAUUGUUUGUUACCAAGUCAACUGUUUGAAUUUGAAGAAAUAUUUCCUGAUCAAA